CGUGAAUAAAUCAAUGUGGAGUUCAAUUCUUCUAAUUACUUUCCUACCUGUCAUCUCUCUCUGAGGACAGACAGGUCCUGGCUGUGUCUCUGUGAUUAAAAUGAUGUGGACAUUGAUUCUUCUGAUUGGUUUCCUACCUGUUUCAGGUGCAUUGUGGGCAAAGAAAUAUGUCAAGGGAGCUGUGGGAAGAGCGAUCACAAUCGAUUGUCACUAUCAAGAAAUGUACCACUCACACACAAAGUAUUGGUGCAAUGGAUAUACUGGCCUCUGUUCAGUUUUAGUGAAAACAAAUGGGCAACACAGACGGAGUGGACGAGUGUCAAUCACAGAUAACCCGGAACAGAGAAAAUUUACAGUUACAAUUGAGAAUCUUCGCUCUGGAGAUACAGGAUGGUACAGCUGUGGCAUUGAAACACCAGGAGUCGAUGCAAGAUUUAAUUUACAUCUAAAAGUAAAUGAUGAACUCGUGUCUGUUCCUGUGCUUCGAUAUCUGUCACCAGCAAAUGUCUCACGCCUCGGGGGCUCUGUGUCACUUUCCUGUGAGUCUCUCCAGGGAUCCCUUCCCAUUCAGUACCGAUGGUAUGAACAAACCUCAUCUGAGCAGCUGAAGAUCUCAGAUACCAAUAAACUGACUCUACAUUGUCAAUCCUUCAACCAGCAGCGCUAUCAAUAUUACUGCAGUGCGUCAAAUUGGCUUGGAGCAAGGUCCAGUGGAAUGGUUAAUGUGACAGUCUCCAACAACGGAGAGAUCUGCAGUUACGUGACAGAAAUCAAUGGCAUCAUUUCAGGUGCUUUAUGGGCAGAAGCUAAAGUAAGAGGAGUUGUGGGAAGAGCGGUCACAAUCGAUUGUCACUAUGCACCAAUGUACCGUUCACACACAAAGUAUUUGUGCCGCAUGUGGGAUCGUCAAUGCACAUCGUCAGUGAACACAAAUGGGACAAAUGAGCAGUAUGGAAGAAUGACAAUCAGAGAUAACACAUCCCAGGGAAUAUUUACUGUUACUAUGGAGAAUCUUGUCUCUAAUGAUACAGGACUUUACAGAUGUGGAAUUACAACACCUGGCAAUCAUCCAGUGUUUGAUGUGCAUCUCCAAGUAUCUGAUGGGUCAAAUCAUUUCAGUGAAAAUACUGUGACAAAAUCAAAGACAAGUACACAAAGACACACUUACAUGAUUGUGCUCAGUAUCAUUGGAAUUCUUCUCAUACUACUUGUCGUUUGUCUCCUUUGCUACCUGAAGAGAAAAAACAGGGAAUCGAAGCACAACACAUCUCACGGAGAAGGCAACAAUGAAAUCCAGGAAACGGCCACGUUGGAAGAAAACAUCGUUUAUGCAGAUCUACACCAUUAUCAAAACAAUGAGGCAGCUGCCCAGUCGGCUAACAAUGAAAAUGGAACUGUGUAUGCAAACAUGAAAUUUAAAAGGAAGUCACGAGCAGGACACUCUGUUAUGGAUGAGGACAACGCCACCUAUGCAGAUAUCAAAUUUCAAAGCCAACCCACAAAGCCCAGACGGAAAGCUUUCUCUCCUGGUACUCCAUAGGACUCAGAAUAAGUUUGACAAAGUCAUUAUGUGGAGUAAGGCAGAAGAUUUACACUCAGAGGCCACUUUAUUUGGUACAGUUGUACACUUGCUUGUUAAUGCAAAUACCUAAUCAACCAAACAUAUGGCAGGAACUCGAUGCAUAAGAGCAUGCAUGUUGGCAUGUUGCGCAUUGAAAACUAUUCUUCUGCACACCACUGUUGUAACGCAUGUUUAUUUGAGUUACGCAAACACGAGAAAAUCUGCAGAUGCUGGAAAUUCAAGCAUCACACACAAAAUGCUAGUGAAACGCAGCAGAUCAGGCAGCUUCUAUAGGAAGAGGUACAGUCGACGUUUCGGGCCGAGAUCCUUUGUCAGGACUAACUGAAGGAAGAGAUUGUAAGAGAUUUGAAAGUGGGAGGGGAAGUGGGAGAUCCGAAUUGAUAGAAGACAGGAGGGAGAGGGAUGGAGCUAAGAGCUGGAAAGUUGAUUGGCAAAAGGGAUACAAGGCUGGA